AUGACGUCGUGUGCGCAAGGGCUUGCUUCUGGGGAGGGUCUUCUUUCUCGUCAUGUUCCCGUUGAUCCAUCAUGUCUGAGAUGUGGAGCUGCAGUGGAAACUGUGAAUCAUUUGGCUUUGGAAUGCCCCUUCGUGUGUGCUUUAUGGUUUGGACGCUCCAUUGCUUUUCUUGUUCCAGCAUCUAGGCCUAUGAAGCUUUAUGAGUUCCUUUCAAGUUGGGAUUCCCUUUUUUCACAGGAUAAAAAGAAGGCUGCAGAAACUUUGGGCAUAUGUUCUUUCCUUUGCUGGUUUUUAUGGAUUGCAAGAAAUGAUCUCGUUUUUGGAAAGAGGACUUGGACUCCUAGUGAAGUGUUUCAAUCGGCUCAGAGAGCUUUCUCUGAAUUCUGGGCAGCUUCGUCUCCGCACGAUCAGUCUUCUCAUCAAGCUCCAGCAGCUCUCUCUCCUCCAUCUUCAUGGACUCGUCCUCCAAUAGGCUCUGUUAAAAUUAAUGCAUUGCUAACAGAUUCUCAGGUUGGAGGUCUUAGUAUUAUUAUUUAG